AUGGUGGGAGAUUCGAAUGUGAAGGUUCCAAUGGCAUUCGAAACGAAACUACCUCCAUCUUUGGACAAACCAGCUGCUGCUAUGACACUCUCUCUUCAAAUGAUAGGGUCAUUAAUAUAUCUAACUGCUAGUCUUCCAGAAAUCAUGUUUUAUGUUUGCUAUUGUGUAAGGUUUCAAGUGAAUCCUCCCGAACCCCACAUGUCUGCUGUCAAGAAUAUAUUCAGGUAUCUUAAACGAAUCUCCUCGCUCGUAAUAUGGUACCCUUCCAGUUCAUGGUUCUUUGUGCAAGCAUUUUCAGAUGCUGAUCUUGGAGGCUGCGGUUUAGAUGGGAAGAGUACAAUGGGAGGAUGUCAAUUUUUUUAUGGAAAACUUGUCAGUUGGCAAUCAAAGAAACAAACAUGCAUUUCCCUAUCAACUGUUGAAGCAGAGUACAUAGCCGCUGCCUCUUGUACUUCACAAGUUAUCUAG